AUGGAGCCCUCAUCGAACGGAGCGGAUCCUACGCUCCCGCUUCAAGCGUACAAUGGCACAGGUGCGGCCGGAGGCGACUCAAGAGUCGACAAUCUUAAUGUCUACUACAACCCCGGUGACAUCGCUUGGAUGAUCACAGCAACAGCUCUCGUGCUUCUCAUGAUUCCAGUCGUCUCCUUCCAAUGGUUCUUCUGGGGCUACUCACUAGCAUUCUCACACAAGGCUGGAAAGUAUAUCGGUGCGCUUGAUAACUUCGGAUACAUGAAUGUGCUUGGCGCUCCUUCAAUUGGCAGCCCACGUAUUCCCGACCUGAUGUUUGCCGUCUACCAGGGCAUGUUUGCAGCCAUCACAGUCGCGCUCGCCGUUGGUGCAGUCGCAGAACGCGGUAGGAUGCUCCCCUGCAUCAUCUACAUGUUCGUCUGGACCACCAUCAUCUACGACCCCAUCGCCUGCUGGACCUGGAACUCCUCUGGCUGGGUAUACCGCAUGGGCGGUCUCGACUUCGCCGGCGGCACCCCCGUGCAUAUUGCCUCCGGAUGCGCCGCGCUCGCAUACUCAUACAUGCUCGGGAAGCGCAGCGGCCACGGAACCCAGGAACUCAACUAUCGCCCCCACAACGUGACGCACAUCGUCAUUGGCACGGUCUUUCUCUGGGUCGGCUGGUUUGGCUUCAACGCUGGCUCCGCACUGUCUGCCAACCUCCGGGCCGUCAUGGCUGCCGUGUGCACCAAUCUUGCCGCAUGUGUUGGCGGCAUCACCUGGUGUCUCGUCGACUACCGCCUCGAGCGCAAAUGGUCAACAGUCGGCUUCUGCUCCGGCGUCAUCGCCGGCCUAGUCGCCAUCACGCCUGGCUCUGGCUACGUACCCGCAUGGGCAGCCGUCAUCUUCGGUGUCUGUGGCGGCAUCGCGUGCAACUACGCCACCAAGCUCAAGUACUUCCUCCGCUGCGACGACGCGCUGGAUAUUUUCGCAGUGCACGGUGUCGGCGGCUUCGUAGGCAACAUCCUCACCGCCUUCUUCGCGGCGGAUUACAUUGCGCAUUUGGACGGAUACACGGUCAUUCCUGGUGGCUGGCUCAACCACAACUGGAUCCAGCUCGGGUACCAACUCGCCGACUCCUUCACCGGCGGCGCUUACUCUUUCGUCGGAACGUGCAUAAUCCUCGGCGCAUUGGAUUUCAUCGGCAAGUUCGUGCCUGUGUUUAGGCUGCGCGCAAGCGAGGAGGAAGAGGCGCUGGGUAUUGACGAUGUGGAGAUUGGAGAGUUUGCUUACGAUUACGUCGAGCUCACGCGCGAAGUCAAAAUCCCAGACGACGACGAAGACGUCGAUGAAGGCAUGUCGACGCACUCCCUGCACGACCAUCCGGCGUCCAUGGGCACGCAUCAUGAGAAGAAUCAGGAGUCGAUUGACUCGGCGAAUCAGCUUGCUGAGUGGGCGCAUCGCGCGUAGAUGGUUGCUCACAUGCUCGUCUUUUCUGCUUUUUUGCAACAUCACCUGCUCGAUACCACUUUGUUUGUUAAAUAAAUUUUCCCUAUUGUAUUUCUGGAAGCUGUUUCAGUCAGCUCAAUGUUAAUGUGGUGUUGAUGAUUCUGUAGGAUGAGGACGAGGACGAGAGAUGUUGAUGGAUUACUUGUAUAGGUGUGGUAUACAAAAUUUCAACUUGAUCUGUAUGAUAAGAGAAUGGAUACAGAUGUUCAUAUUCC